AUAUUAUAUAUAGACCCCUUUGGCUCUCAGUAUUGGAUACACUAAUACCUUGUUACACCUCUUGCUCCUUCCUUGAUAUCAUGGAUGGAAAGAAGUUGGAGUACAAAGGUGAGGAUGCAUUGUCAGAGAUUGAGAAACUUACAGAGAAGGCUGGUGAAAUUCAGGAAAGCAUAUUGAAGGAGAUCUUAAUGCAAAAUGGGAAAACUGAGUAUUUGAGCAAGCAUAUUAAAGGAUCAAAAGAUGUGAAAGAGUUUAAGCGUUGUGUCCCUGUCACCACAUACAAGGAUAUCUAUCCCUAUAUCCAAAGAAUUGCUAAUGGAGAGGACUCUUCUCUUAUUACUGGGCAUCCUAUAACUGAAAUGUUAUGCAGUUCAGGGACUUCUGCUGGAGAACCUAAAUUAAUGCCAUCAAUAGCGGAAGAUCUAGACAGGCGCACAUUUAUAUAUAACCUCAUCACGCCAAUUAUGAACCAGUAUGUAUCUGGUUUGGAUGAAGGUAAGGCCAUGUUUUUGUACUUUGUCAAGGCUGAAAUGUCCACUCCUUGUGGCUUACCAGCUCGAACUGUGUUAACGAGUUACUACAAGAGUAAGCACUUUAAGUGUCGAACAAGAGAUUCGUUCAAUGAUUUUACUAGCCCGGACCAAGCUAUCUUAUGCAAAGAUAGCAACCAGAGCAUGUAUUGCCAGUUGCUAUCUGGCUUGAUUCUCCGUCACCAAGUCCUAAGAAUAGGAGCUGUUUUUGCAUCAGCCUUGCUCCGGUCCAUUUCAUUCCUGGAACACAACUGGGUUCGCCUAUGCAAUGAUAUACGCAAUGGUGAACUAGAUGCUAUGAUCACAGAUCCUGAAUGCCGUUCAUGCAUGUCAAUGAUACUAUCAUCACCUAAUCCUUGGCUUGCAGAUGAAAUUGAGGAAAUUUGCAGCCUCUCAUCAUGGCAGGGUAUUUUAUGUCGUCUUUGGCCUAGGACCAAGUAUAUUGAAGCAGUGGUGACAGGGUCUAUGGCACAAUAUAUUCCAGCCCUUGAGUACUACAGUGAGGGAAAGUUGCCUUUGGUGUGUACCAUGUAUGCUUCCUCGGAGUCUUACUUUGGUGUGAACUUGAAACCCUUGUCUGAUCCUGCAGAUGUGGUAUUUACCCUCAUGCCUAAUAUGUGUUAUUUUGAGUUUAUACCUCUGGGAGAACAUGGAACAUGGUUAAUGGCUGUUGAGGAGGAAGAGGAGGUGCCUAAUGAUAAGCUCGUCGAUCUGGUGCAUGUUAGACGAGGUUGUUAUUAUGAGUUGGUGGUCACUACCUUUGCUGGAUUAUAUCGUUAUCGUAUCGGUGAUGUGCUUCAAGUGACUGGAUUCCACAAUCGAGCCCCGCAAUUCCGUUUCAUUUGCAGGAGAAACGUGGUUCUCAGCAUUGACAAUGACAAAACCAACGAGGAAGAUCUUCACAAGAGCAUCACAACUGCAAAGAAAUUACUUGAACCCCACAAUGCGCUACUCGUGGAAUACACUAGCUAUGCAGAUACAUCAUCUGUACCAGGGCACUAUGUAUUGUAUUGGGAAAUCCUACAUCAUUUAUCAUCAGUCAUUGACAAUUCUCUGACCCCACUUGACGCUAAGGUGCUCCAUGAAUGUUGUGCUGCUGUGGAAGAAGAACUUGAUUAUGUGUACAGGAGAUGCCGCACCUAUGACAAGUCCAUAGGACCACUGGAGAUACGUGUAGUGGAGCCUGGUACAUUCGAGGCGCUGAUGGAUUUGUUCAUCAGCCAAGGGGCAUCAAUCAAUCAGUAUAAAACGCCAAGGUGCAUCAAGUCUAAUGCUGCUCUCAAGUUACUUAAUUCUCAUGUCAAGGCAUCUUUCUUUAGUUCAAGAGAUCCUACUUGGAUUCCUUAACAGUGUGCCAUAAAAAAUUUGGAUCUUUUCCUUUGUUAAUCUCUCUGUUCUGCUAAUGCUAGUUAGGUGACAUUCAAGGGUGAUGCCCAUGACCAUGAUGUAGGGUGGUUUAAUCUGUGCCAUCAUUCCUAUUGUUAAGGGAAAGUUAGAAUCUUUGAAUUCAAUGUUUCUCUUUUUUUAAUGUCCUAA